UUUGUUUUUUGGAUCCAAACAGGCCGGCCCUUUUUUGUAGUAGGCUGUUGAGCGGGCCUGGGCAGCGAGCGGAGUCAACCCGUCCCGUCUUCUCAGGCUUCUCGUUGCCCCCCCCCCCCCGCGCGCCGUCGUCUCUGCCCAUCUCACUAGAUCCCCAUGGCGGACGAACCCAACCGAGCGGCUUUCGUAGAGCUGCAAAGUCGGAUGAUCGAGACCACCGGCAAGAUCAAACAGUUACAAUCUCAGAUGUGUUCUAAAGAGAGUGAAAAGAAGCGUGCGUACCUUACACUGGAGGAACUUAGCCAAUUGCCUGAUGAUACAAACACUUACAAGGCCAUUGGUAAAGUGUUUAUUUUGGAGCCAAGAUCACUUCUGGUAAAUGAGCAAGAGAAAAAGCUAAAUGACAGUGAGACUGCAAUAUCGUCAAUGCAGACUUCCAAGGAAUAUCUUGAGAAACAGUUGGGAGAAGUGGAGAACAACAUUAGAGAGCUACUUCAGCAGGACCCUGGGCUUGCACGCCAGAUUCUCUCAAUGACUGUCCAGUGAGAGGUGGUUUUUGAAUGUAUUUCUAGAUGGGAUGUGUCAACAAGAUUUGUGUUUUGCCCCGAGGAAGAAGCCCCUUUGUUAUGAGCUUAACUGCUACUGGAUUUGUUAUGAGCUUUAACUGCUACUGGUUUUGUGAUGAGCUUACCUUCCAGCACCAUAUUGUGAAAAAUAUGACGUGAACAAUCCAUGCCUGAAUGUCGUAUGAUGUUGAAUCAUCAUUUAUAUAUAUUACGUGCGCUUUCCAUGACUUCAA